GCCGUUUGCUUUCGAAGCGCUCUUUCAGCGGCCCCCGGCAAGGCCUCGCCGGAGUCGCUCAAGCCACGCGCGCUGUACUAAACGAUCCAAUCCUGAGCCGGGUAACGGGUGGCGCUUUGGGGCAGCCGUUCUCGACUCAGGAGCGGCCAGCAACCCGACUCUCUUCGCCCCUCGCCUGCCGGUUUCCUGGGAGCGCGCUCCUUUUAACCCAAGUUAUUCUCGGGUUCUGAGACUAUUAAACGGGGUGCCUCGCUUCUCAUAUUGGUGUUUGACUGGCGCUGCCUUAAUGUUUCGGUUCACUUGGGACUAACUCUUCGGAGUAAUCCCGCUGGGGUUUAGGAGAGGAGAGAAUUGUUAAAUGGUCUUUCAGAGCUAUUCAAUGCGCUUAAACCAUGGGCCGUAAACAUGAAGGAAAGAGGGGUUCUAUUUUAUAAGCAUCCUCAUAAAGCGGAUUUUUCUUUAUUUCAUUUGGAGGAUAAAGCACGUGCUAGCUUCUGUCCUUUGCAGCCCGGCUCAGUUUUUGUGGUUUCUUUUCGCCUCCCAAGAGCUUCGCUUUUCUUUCCAGCCAUUAGAGGGCGCUUUGAUACGUAGUGACCGGAAGACUCUAACAGACCCCGUCGCCUAGCAACCGCCAUCAUAUCCUAAACAAAACUGACACGAGGGGAGAGAAAUCCGCAUCCGCAAUUGACAGCUGGCAACCCAGCUGACAGCUGAGAAAGGCUGGAGUAUGUCACCCGCUAGGAACUCUUUUCCAUACCCUCAAUACGAAAAUGAAAAUACAUACAGUGGUAAUAGGAAUGCACAGAAAACCUCCUAUGGCAUGUCCGCCCAUCUUUCUCAGCAACAAGACACCUGGAAUCGGCUACAUGGAACAGCAACUUUGGCAAGCAUUAGAAGAGAAGUCUGGUACUCAGAACCUGAGAUUUCUAAAGACAGUUUGGAUUUUAACCUCAGUUCUCUAUACAAUCACCAUGAAGACCUGCUUAAAAACAAGUGUCAAGUAGUCCUCCAUAAAGAGACCCUCCUGGAUGACCAUGGAACACUGAAGGGUUUAGAGCCUGUGAAGACAUAUACGUCAGUUCAGCAUCCUACCUCCAAGGGUAUUACUGUGAAACACUGGGUUAAUCCUGUAAAAGAAUCUAUCCACCACAUUGAGGGAGCCAUUGAAUCUCCACAUACUGCUGCCACAAACAGUGGAUAUUCCCGUAAAGAGAAUGGUGGGAUCUUCUAUCAUUAAUGAUUUUUGCAGGGUCAUGUUGCAGCUUUAUUCCCUUCGGUCUCUAAUUGCUGCCCAUAUGCUAACUCUUGGCUCACUGUAUGCUUAGUUUUCAGAUCAUCCAUUAAACCAGCCAGCUUCACUGAAUUUUAGUAAAAGCUCAACUGUACUGUAUUUGAAAAAGCAGCUUGUUCUUGCCAAUGGACUGAGUCCCAAACAUAUCAGCCCUAAUAAAUUCAGAUAUUUGGUUAGGAAGACUCAAGUAAUAGAAUCUAAUCUACUUCGAGCUCAACUCCAAAGAAACUACUACUUUUACUGAACCAUAAACAGUAUUAAUUUACACAAUCUUAGCUAAAGGUAUCUUAGUUAACAUCUCCAAAGCAAAAUAUGAACAUUAAUUUUUUUAAAAAAAUUGUUUUUCAAACACAAAAUGCAAAUAUAACUUCAUUCCUAAAUUAUUCCUAAUAUACUUAGAAAGUACUUCAGAACACAAGUCCCCACAAGAACAGAGUGAUCCAACUUCUGAAGAUUAAAACUAUUAUAUCAAGAUCAAAAAGAAUGCCAACCAGGAACAAAGGCUGGAUGCCAAAAUACAUAAACUUUUUAAAAAGUUCUGCAAGUACAAAAACUGUAACAGAUCAAGGAGACUAAGCAUCUGAUGUCAUUUAUAAGCACCAUGGCUGUGUGCAGACAAGUUUAACAAAAGCAAGCUGAAGCCGAAGUUUGCCAAUACAACCAAAUCUCAAAUCCAGCCCAUUAUUGAACUGAUAUUUUCCCUUGGAGUUUUAAGCCUGGUACUUUUGAAACAUGUUAAGAUUAUUAGCUAUAUUAAGUAUGGGUUGUGAGAAUUUUGCUCUAAGAAAAAGGAUAAGAAACCCAAAAAAGACAAAUUUCUAUACCUCUCAGGGUUAUUCAGUUCCUGUCUCCUGCAUUGAUUUAAUUUUUGAUCCUUUAUCUUCACAUAUAAAGCCAUACUUUUAAAGAUUUUAUCUUUUGUCCAUUUUUUUCAUUAUUUAGUAUUAACUCCCUCCUAUUGCAGUUUUUUAAACUAAUCCAUGCUGCAGUAACAUUCCCUUAGAAUCAACUCAUUCUCCUCUGUUGAUCUUUUUUUGCCACUCUAAUAUGCAUUUUAAUUAAUCUUUUCAUCUAUCUUCUUUCACAUUAUUGCCUUCUGGUUCCUGUACUGCAAAUUUUUCUGUUUUUCUACAAAAAGUUUUUUGGGUAGAUUCCAGAUAAUUGUUUUACAUUUUAGUUUCAAACCAACUAUAUUCUUUCUUGUAUAUGAAUAUUAAAUCAUGCAAUUCAUGAAUAAACAUUCUAAGCAUUGUAUCAUCUCAGUUACAGUAAUUAGCAUUAAAGGUUUCAUUAUAUAUUUACAUCUUAAGGACAUCUGGAACAUAAUCACUUCCCAAGCCAGUUCUGGCUGAUUUGAAUUGAAAAUUCAUUCAUCUGAAGUCAAUUUCUUCUGGUUUAAUAUAUCACAGUGCUUGCUUAAUGGUUACAGAAAUGGAGAUAGGCACUGCCCCUAAAGUUUCCUAUGAUUAGCAGAGUAAAAAACCCCUAAUAUAUUGUUUUUAAUUUUUUAAAAAUUAAAUUUCAGAUAAACAAAUGUGUAAUUUCCAAUCUAAAUUGCUUGGGGAGAAUUUCAGUCAAGACACAGAAAGAAUGUAUAUUGCUAAAUAUAUUUUAGGCAUUUUUUCCAACCAACUGCAAAAAUCUACAAUUAAGCACUAUCUAAAAUUAGCUUGCUUGUCCUGCUAGAUCAGGGGUUCCCAAAGGGGUGCCAGAUAUUCCAGGGUGUGUGAAAACUUGGGUUUAGAAGUUUCAAAAUUGUAGUGUAUAUGCAUAAUUAUAUGCAUAUAACUAUUUACUUUUGCAAGGGGUGUGGGAAUAUAUUGGAAGUGUUCUAGGGGUGCGGGGUAUAGAAAAGGUUGGGAACCACCAUGCUAAAUGAUAGUUUACAAUAAGAUUUUUUUAAAAAACAAUGACCACUUACUACAUUCAUGUAAAAGUUGGAUUCAAACUGGUUACUCCCUGAACGUUAUUUCCUUAUAUUCUCAAAAAAGCACAAACUCUUUGCAAGGCCAAGACUUCUGCAUAUAUUAUUCUCAUGCUAGUUUAAGCGUUUAAACAUAGAAAACAGACUUUCGGGGGGGGGGG